CAUAACCUAGGAAAGUAGGGCAAAUUUACUACAUUAUACUAAUUCUGGUUGUAGUCUAAUUUUAUACUGGUAUAUUUAUUUAAGCUUAAACAUGUUAAAUUUUACAAAUCAAUGGCCAGGAAUAUUUUAAACUCUUCAUUUUUGCAUUUUAUAUAACGUUGUUAUGUAAGUUUAUAUUAAAAGGUUAAGGACGAGGAAAUGGACGAACUUUUAUUUCGAAGUUCACAGAGAAUAGAAACUAUUCAGAUACAAAGUAGAGUUUUAGCAACGAGCACUAAAGAGGCUUUGGAAGAAUACAUAAAUCAAGGUAGAAUAUUUUUAAUUAAUGCAUUUAACAGUCCACAUUUACUACAUCUAAGGGCCCACGUCAAAGAAGGAACACUGAGAGUUAUAUCAAUUACCAAUGAGUUUAAAGAAAACAUUGUAUCUUUCGUAAAUCCUAAACAAAUGUAUUUAGCCCUUCUUAACGUCUUUGGAAAAAAAUGGUCAAAAAGAGACAUAUGUUUUGCAUGUGGAGGAUUAGUAGUAGGAGGCCUAGUAGGUUUUACAAUUGGUAUUGCAUAUCACAAAAGAGAACCAAUCUUAAGAUACAUGCAAGCCAUACAUUGUACAAAUUAUAUGGGUCCAGAGUCUGUAGCUGUUGCAGAAGAUGCUUUUGCUCCAUUUGAGUGCACUGACAACUGUGUUUUGGUGAAUGUUAAAGCAGCAUCUAUUCAGUUAAUUGAUGUUCAGAUCUGCCAUGGGUAUGGAAGAACAUUGAGAUGGAUUUUACAAAGAAUGUACUCACAGUCAAGUAAAGAUUUACCUAUCAUCUUAGGUAGAGAUUGCACUGGUAUUGUGACAGACAUAGGCUCAAAGGUGACCAAAUUAGAAGUAGGCGAUGAAGUGUGGUUAACAGUUCCUUUCUGGGCACAAGGUACUUUGUGCCAAUCGAUAUUAAUCCAAGAAAAUAGAAUUGGAAGAAAACCAAAGAAUGUUGGAUUCGAAGGAGCAUGUAGUCUUCCAUAUGCGGGUAGUUUAGCAUUAUCAGCUUUAGUGGAAGCCAGAUUAGAUGCCAUGAAUGCUGAAGGAAAACGGAUUCUAGUAGAAGGAGGAUGUACACCUGUGGGAUGUGUUCUCAUUCAACUUCUUUCUCAAUGGAAAGCGUCAGUAACUGCAACCUGUUACAGGAGAGCACUGCCAGUAGUUAGAGCAUUAGGAGCUACAGACAUAAUCGUCAUUUGUGAAGUAUUGACACCUUCUGACAAAUUUGUACCUGAUAAUAAUCGUCAAGAACAAAAUAAAGCUUUUUUAGAACAGUUGGAAAGCAGAAAUGAAACUUUUGAUGUAAUCUUCAGAACGGGAAUUGAAUGCGAGUGUUCCAAAGAAGAACUGAGUAUUUAUCUUAAGACUGAUGGUGCCUUUAUAUCAACGCUGCCACCUGUAAUUGAUUCUGACACUUACGGAGUUUUUCGUAGAUUUUUACUCUGUUUAUAUAUAAAUAUGAGAUACAAAUUACAGAAUCUUCUUGGCCUACCAAUCAAUACAUAUGAUGAGACUCACUUGUGUAGCGUAACAUUAGACAGACUCUCUGAAUUAGUAGAAGAUGGAUACGUACAAACAGUAGUAGAUAAAAUCUAUCAACCUCAAGACAUUGAAGUAGCUGUAAAUCACAUCCAGAGCCCUCAUUCGAUAGGAAGUACAAUAAUAACGUUUCGAUAAGAUUCAUAAUCAAACGAUAUUAAAAACUAUGAUUCGAUAGGUACUAGGCGUGACUAAUUUUUUAUAUAACUGUUGACGUGUGUUUGUUUCGGUUUUUGAGCGUCUUAGACCCUUUCAGUAGAAAUCAAAGAACCAAAAGAAUCGUCAUCGUCCAAAAACGCUUCAUUUCCUACCGUACUACUCAUCCGAUUAAAUUCACUCGGGAAUUUCUUUUUAAUCAAUCAGAUCCACUUUUGAUUUUAUUAUACGACCGACGCCGACGUUUAAAUAUUUUUGGCUGGAGUGUUGUCAAGUAAAUCAAGGACCCAUCUAAAAGAUACUUACUUACACUGAAGUGAGUGUACGAGCUUGUUAAGCUAUCCAACUCUUGACAUUAGUGCAAUUAUUUAACAAAACAAAACGACGUUAGAUUCCUGUUUGUAUUAUACAGUGUAGGUAAAAGUUUAUGGUCGGUAUGGUAAAAUUGAACAGGAUAUCUAACACAGAUAUAAAAUCAUAGUUGGGUCUCCCCUCCAUAUUUCUAAUAGACGCCUAUUGCCCAUUAGUGAGACGAUUAGUUCCGAUCAGAGAUAUUUUACAUAUCUCUGGUUCCGAUCCUAAUAUACCUUAAAAAC